AUGGCGACUUUCAAAUCCAUCCACAAUCGCCUUCUCAAGAUUCCAGCCCCACUACUUCCACCUGCCUCACCCCACGAUCCAAUGCUUACCUCAGAAAUCGCCUCUCUUCAGCUUCAUCCAACUCUAGAGAUUGCUCUUCACCUUUUAAACCUUGGCUUGCCAUCAGCGCACUUCUUAGCUCGCCAUAUGCAGUCGGCGCCAGCAUACGAGGGCAUGUAUCUACAUGGAAUCCUGCAUCGAAUCGAAGGCGACUAUGACAAUUCAAGAGCAUGGUACAGUGAUGUCAAGGAGUCAGAAAUAUAUUCAAAACUUUGGGGAAAGGGUGGUCAGACUUGGAAAGCGUGGAAGGAGGAGCAUGGCAAUGAUGGCAACAGGGAGUCCUUAGAUAACGGCCAGAAGUUUCUGGAUGCUGUCCAAAAGUUCAAGGAGACGAAUGGAAAGGGAAGCGAGAAGGAGAAGGCAUCUCUCGAGAAACAAAGUAAGGAGGAACUGGAUGGUGUCAUCGAAUGGUGUGUGAAUAAGUUCGGCACAUGCAAGAUGAUUGAUGCUAGUUCCGCUUGGGUCAAACCUAGUGAUGAGAUCAGGGAAAUGGGCGAAGAUCAAGUCAGCGGAGACAGUGGAAGAAGAAAGUUUUGA